AUGCCGAAGAAGCCGUGGCUCGUCGAGGGCGAUAAACCCUCCUACCAAGUCCUGAAGGUCUGUCUGGAGAAUGCCGAGGCAGCAUUGGACGAGUACGACCACAUGAAGGCCCCCAGGGGUGCACCGCACAUUGUAGCAUUGCAUGAUGGUCUCGAGCUCAACAGAAAGACUAAUAACCUCUCCAUCUUCAUGGGCUAUUACCGGGGUAAAGACCUUGAUCGCCAGGUUCAGAUGCUCCGAGGUGCUGCUGAACGCUUCUCCAAAAGCCAAAUUGUCGAAAUUGGAUAUCAGAUCGCUGUGGCUCUAGAGCUAUGUCACAGUAUGAACAUCUUGCAUCAAGACAUUAAGCCGAUGGAUGUGCUGUUGAGAGAGCCGUGGAAUCCGGUAACGCAACCGAAUGUACCAGAUCUGUAUGUCGCCGACUUCGGUAUUGCAAGCUAA